AUGAACAGUGGGCAGGUCCGGAUCAAAUACGCACUCGAACAAGCAGUCAUCCAGUCAACCAAGCCCGGAGAGUACUUUUUGAGCCCCCUCCCCACUCCCGCAAACAGCCCCUGCCCAUAUGAUGAUGUCGACUCUGGGCUCACCUGUACCAGCGUCUAUCCUGACCGCCCGGGGAUCGACGUCGACUCCCGCCUCCGGGGCCUCUUCAGGGAGACAGUCAAGCCAGGAUUGGCACAGCUGCCACCAACGUCGACAGCAGAGCCCCGGCGUCGCAUGCCAGUCCGAGGCAUGAUCCCACCCAUCCACCGCUUCCGCCAAUCUCAGAGAGGUGACACUGUGGGCAUCGAGAGUAAGCACAUGGAGUUGGCCAUCAUCGGAGGGCUGGCCACCUUGGGACUCCUCAACUUUGAACGGAAGCAGCGCACCCUCGAGGAACCUGUCCCCGAAGAGUACAGGCUGCCGGAGGACGCGAGGUAUAUAUACGACCCACGGCACGCACACGGCAUGAAUUCGAUGGAGAACCCCAGGGUCUCCAUGUACCUGCAACCAAAUGCCUUUUGUCAACCAAACGUAUCGAAUUUUGACAGCAUCCAAGGUGUUGAGAGGGCAUGUGUGGACGCAAUGAGCGCCCAUGCAGUGCCGCUCCGUGAGGAACGGCGUGCCGCAGGGGUAGACGUUGUGAGAGGGCCGGUUAAGAUGGUCCGUUUUGGUGACGGCGCCCCCACGGCUCCCUUCUUCCGGAGCAGCAAGUCGCAGUUCCACAGCGAUGCAAACAGCAGGAGUCGGAUUGAAAGCUUCACCGGAUCGGACCCUCUCGGCCACAGGGACGCGCAUGAGCCGCCCGGCGCCCUCUUUAAGCCCACCCCGAACGUCAACACGGGGGCAAACAUGGUAGACGCAAGAGAUGCACAGCUCGAGCACAUUACGGUGAGCGCAUUCAGGAACAACGAAGCCCCCUUACAGAGUCAAAUUGUUGGCCCCGGCAUCGGCCUUCCACCCGACGCACCUCCUUCCGGCGGGUUCCACCCCUUCCUCCGCAUAAUGCCCGACAACGUGGGGCAGUAUCGGAACAACUUGCCAGGGGGGCUGAUUGUUGGGGGGCAACCAAUCACCGAAGGCCCAACGCGGUACGAUGCAGUGCCAUCGCACAAGGCUCCAAAGACGUCGAUGGAUGUGGGGAGGAAGAGGCCCGGUGUUGCAACUUCCGCCCCUUAUGUCGGCAAGAUGCUGCGCCCUGACGUUCUCUCCACGAUGCAGGAGCAGAGCAGGUCUGUCCCAAUCACAAACUUACCAGGGCCGCCGGGCAGGUCGGACGCGAGCGCCACCAUACAGAGGUUUGACACAUGGCAGAGGGACGGGCGCCCCAGGAACGUGGAUCCAAACGCGUUCUUUGCCUCUUCUGCAGGUGUCAACUAUGCAGGUGUGGUCGGCCCUGGGGGUUAUGCCGAUGGCACAAACACGCACCGGGCAGGCAAGAGGGAGGUCCUGCUGGGCGAUCAUGGCUUUGCAAACAUGGCAUCAGCGGUGGGUGAGGAGCACAUUGGGUCGAUUGGAGAGAUGGUUCGACCGAGGACCCUUCGUCAAGUCUCUGACAGUUACACCAAGAACGCACUGAGCAUCAAUGCUAGCCGUCACACCACUGCUGCAGCAAAGGGGGAAGUCCGUGAUGGUGCCGUGCUCAGGAGCACGCUGCGCUCAAAGGCAGUAGGCGAGGGGUAUGCGGGCAAUCCUGUGGGGGCCCACACGAGGCAGGUCAAGAGGGACUGGAUGGGAGAAGACGGCAGGAAGGUGCGCCAGACGGAACGGGCCACGCUGGGAGACACCAGCUACGCGGGAAACAAGCUGGGGCCUAACCCACGGGGCCCAAACUUUGGCAGAGUUGAGCUGCCACCACCAAGAGCAGACCGCUCUCAAGGCCCCGGGCCCCAAGCACGGCUGACUGGCAUGAUGAGCGCCGCAACAAUCGGAGGAGACACGAGGCACAAGCCACCAGGGCUCGUCACGCGAGAGGGGCUCCCUACCGAUCAGAGAGUCGCAUACUCUCGAGAGUUGGGGGAGCUCACCUCUUACAAGCAGCCAGCUGAGACGCCCCACUCGAGGUUUUCGGACCUGGAAAUGGCAAAGAGACAGCUAGCAAACAACCCGUACGCCCUCAGCAUCACAGACGUGUACAGUGGCCGCAAGCCAACCAAUGGAUAA